AUGAUAGACAAUGAAAACGAGACCAGUAAAACAAGAAGUGACGCAAGGCAGCUCUAUAACCGCAUGUUGAGUUACGAUUUUCUGACUUUGCUAGGAUUUUGGAACAAAGUACUCAUUCACAUUGACCGUAUUCAAAAGAGGCUGCAGGAUCCUACCAUGAACUUCCACGAUGCUGCCCUGGAUUUGAAAGCCCUCCAAGAUCAUUUGGAUGAUGAAAGAGAAGUGUUGGUUAGUGAGUCACUCGAAGAAGGACUCGGUCUCUGUCAAGAAUGGAAUAUUGAAGUUGAAAGACGUCAGAGACGAAUGGCUAAUGAGAACUCGAGAAACGCUGGGUUAACAGCCAAGGAGAAAAUGGAAAGAGUUAUGAAAGGAACAUUCGACCAUCUUCACAGAGAAAUGGACGAAAGGUUCGCGCGUUUGCACGACACUGACGCCAAACUUGGGUUCCUUCUCAAUGCCGACAGUAACGACCUAAAGAAGAAGUGCGAAAAUUUGGGCGAUUUCUACAGCUCUGAUGUUGAAGGACAGCAGCUAUAUGAAGAAAUUUUGGAUUGCAGAAUGUUGCUAUCAAGUCGGGCCAACAUGAAAAUAUCAAGACUCGAAGAGCUUCUCGAAUUUAUUGUUCAGAAUGGAGAUGAGAGCGUCUUCCCCAAUCUUCACAUUGCUAUUCAGAUAAUGCUAACCAUCGCAGUUUCCAUCGCUAGCUAUGAGAGAUCAUUCAGCAAGUUAAAACUAAUACUUUCGUAUUUGAGGGCCUCCAUGGGUCAAGGCAGACUAUGUGAUCUUGCUCUGCUGAGUGCGGAAAGAGAAGAAACUGACUUUGAGCACAUCAUAGACCAACUUGCAUCAGUGAAAGCACAGAAGGUGCAGUUGUGA